AUGUUUAAGCUUCAAGUGGAAGACAGCAGAAGGAGAUGGUUUGUCUUAUUAGAUGAAAGUCAAAUCAUAUGGCUUCAAGGGACUCUUCAAACGGCGGCAAUGAGGGAUUGGAAGCUCCCCUCACAUUGUGUCAAAAAGAGUGGUUCUCGUUCCAUCCAUGUCGGGAAGUUCAACAGUCACCGUGGAGAGUUCUUACAGAUAUCUGAACAAACAAACACAGGAAAAGUUUUCAAAGUGAUCAUCCCGGCCUCGGGCAACAAUCGCGGAUGGGCUAAGGCGAUUCAUCUCCUCCAAGUUUUCUAUAAAGCUGAACUUCGCGCCCGCAUCCACCACGAUCAAUUAGCGACCAAUAUCCCGUCCGAGGGCGCCAUACAUGAUGAUCAUCAUCAGCAUUCUUACGUAGAUGCAGUCAAAUACGGGGCUUUUAUGGAGGAGGAAAAUGCUCCAUCAGAACCAACCAUGAAGGAAGUUAUAUUGACGUUGGCAGUGAAGGGAUCAAGGAGAGAACCGACAUCCUUGACGAAGUUUACUCAUUUCGUUCGAAACCAGUAG